AUGCUACCGGCAAAACGGAUCAGCUACACCAAUGCUGUCCUCUGUAUGACGCGGACGCCGCCGAGACUUCCAACUACAGCGUACCCAGGGGUGCGAAGCCGGUUCGAUGACUUUGUAGCGUGUGGAUCUCCUACGUGCGAAGCUGGGUCUGAUGACGCUGAUGCUGGUCUACACCGACGUUUCUUGUGGUUGUUUGAGAGUGCUCUCUGGGACGAGUGCAGGUAUACAGGUUAUCUCCCGUAUUGGAAUUGGCCGCUCUGGGCAGGCAAACUCCAUGACAGCCCACUCUUCGACUGCAGUGAGACAUCCCUCUCCGGUGACGGUGAUUACAACCCAGGGGAGCAGAGUGUCUCUGGUGGGGAUGUGACUCUCCCUCGCGGCACGGGAGGAGACUGUACCCGCUGCGGUCCUUUCAAGGACAUGGUGGUCCAUCUCGGCCCAUUCUCCCGCAUGCUCCCCUCGCUCACCGAGAUUCCAUCGCCCGGAUUCGAGUAUAACCCGCGGUGCCUCAACCGCAGCUUGAACAACUUUGUCGCAGCCCACUUCACCAACGUCACUCAGGUCUCCCAUCUCAUGGCUGCCGCCGAUAUCGCUGAUUUCCAGAUGGUCAUGGAUCACUGGCCGGCCGAGCCGACGGGGGUCUUGGGACUACAUGGCGGCGGGCAUUUCAGUAUCGGGUCCACCCUCCAGGAUCUCUUCUCCUCGCCGCAAGACCCAGCAUUCAUGCUCCACCAUGCGAUGAUAGAUCGGAUGUGA